AUGGCCUGGUCCUGCAGCCUGAAGAGCUUCCUCACAGUCUUUGUCUUUACCAUCUUCGCUGUCGGCUCUGUGGAGAGUUACCAGUGUACAUCAUCUUCAUGUACAAGUGAGUCAUGUCCUUCGACCACAGAUGUUUGUACAGCCACUAAAGGCUGCUUCAACCAAAUGCAGAAAUUUGAUACACCGUCUACAGCUACAGACCAAGUGUUGAAGCAAAAAGGGUGUUUCACAGACACAUGCAGUGACCUGACAUUCUCAGCGACACUGGGGGAUAAACGGAGAUUUAGCUAUGAGAACAAGUGCUGCACAACUGAGAAAUGCAACCAAGAAGACAUAACUCCAUCUUCGUCUUCUGAACCCAAUGGUGUGGAAUGUACUGCCUGCUACAGUGAGAAAGAGAAGUCGUGCUCCUCAGUUACUACCCUGAAGUGCACAGGGAAUGAGAAAAAAUGUAUCGAGGUUACUGGCAUGGAUUUAAAAUCUUCCAAUUUAAGGCUGUAUGGGAAAGGCUGCGCAACUGAAAACACCUGCAAUCUGAAAAUGGAUGUCCUCAGUGGCGUACAAAUCCAAGCCUCAUGCAUCUCAGCUGUUUCAAACAAUGGAAACCGUGCCCUCAAAUCCAUUUCAUCAGCUCCCAUUAUUCUGCUCCUGCUGAAAGUCCUGCUUUGA